AUGGGAUCCGUUCCAUCCGUACUCUUCAACCUGGAUGACCCCCAAGACUGCCAGCGUGCCGUCCGGCGCUUGAGAGCGCUGUCGGCGAGUGACGCGGCCAAAAACAUAGAGCAUCUUCCAGCCGAUAUAGCUCGGGCUCUGCUCGCUACUGCUCUGCACGAUUACCACCGAAUCGAUCUCGCGGUCGCUGGCAUGCCGGAAGACCACCAAGCCGCUGCCCCAGUCGCUGGUCGCCACGCUUCCCAGGAAGAUGACUUCGGUCCUGAUCCUGAUGAGGCGGGGUCUUCCCAUCGACAGCGUUACCCAUACACCGGCCGCUACCUGCUCGCUGGUUCGCUCACCGAUAGCGAGUUCGGCACAGUUGAUGCCGCUAGCUAUCGGUCUGACUUGAACCCAAAGCGCAAGGCUGCUGAUGACUAUGGCGAUAAGAGUAUCUACUCUGGCAAGAAGCCCCGGGUCAACAAGGAGGAGUAA